UGUUCAUACCGGUAGUCUGUGUGGAACACAUUGGAAAAUAGUAAGUGCGUGCAUCUCGCGCCCAACGUGGCUACAAUAAAAGAGCCUUUAAUAGAUGCACGACGCGCCUUUAUAGUUAAAGAGACGGAUAUCACAACAGUUGCUGACAUUAUGAGCAAAAUGCCUCCUAACAGACGAGGAAUUAAGUUUGAGGUGGGCGCUGCUCUUGAAGCACGGGACAGUCUGAAGAACUGGUAUGUUGCCAACAUUGAGAAGAUUGACUAUGAGAACGAGAAGAUCUUAAUCCACUAUCGCCAGUGGAGCCAUCGCUACGAUGAGUGGUUUGACUGGGCCAGUCCGUACCUGAGACCCGUGGAGAGGGUUCAGCUGAGGAGAGAGGGACGACAGGAAGACAGCUUUAUCCCUGGAUUUCAUGUGAAUGACAAAAUUCUUGCCAGUUGGUCCGAUUGUCGAUUUUAUCCUGCAAAAGUCUUGGCCGUCAAUAAAGAUGAAUCCUACACUGUUAAGUUCUAUGAUGGUGUUAUCCAAACAGUCAAAGGAAUCCAUGUGAAGCCCUUCACCAAAGAGAGAAGAAAGAAACUAACUGCUAAAAAUGAAGAGAAGCCCAUAGUAAAAAAGACAGAAAAGGACAAGAAAAUGCAGGAGGAGAGUGAAGUCAAUGGCGGUAAACAAGCAGCAGGGCAAACUGACAGUGUUCCUGAGGAAGAGGCGAAUGAGAUCUCAGAUUUGGAUGGAGAAGAAGGUGAACAGAAGAAAAGAAAUGGGAAUGGGACAUGCCUUGAAGUGGAAGAUAUAAGCAUAAAGGAGGAAUAUGAGGAGAGGGGCUUGGAGCGAAUAGGGCAGCACAAUUACAGUAAGUCAUUUCUGAAGAAGGUCUCAGGGCCUGAGGAGAAAGAAGAGGAAGCCGCAGUGAAUAUGGAGGACUCUGUGGUGUUUGACAUGGGUGUGAACUUUAAUAAGGGGAUGGUAAAGAGAAAUGAGACAGAGGAAGCAGAAGUUCACGUGGAACAAAAAGAGGAGGAAAUCAAAGGAAAGUUUGUUCCUCAUGACAGAAAGUCACGGAGGCAGCGCAUAAGAAGGAAGAGGAGACUUUCAGUGGCAAGAAGGGGCUCCAAAAAAGAAAAAAGUUUCCAUAAUGAUUGCAAGCCCACAUUUGCAUCCACCAAUCAAGGGAAAGGAUCAGACCCCUUACAUCUAACACAAUCAUCCAAUGAAACCGCAGUACCUAAGGCUCAAUGCCAAUCAGAAACCUUUAAGCCUACAGCAGUCAGAAAACAAGCUUUCCACAACCCUAACCGAUUCAGCAGAGAGCCAUUAUACAGAGUCAUCAGAAACCAGCCUCCACCGGUGCUCUCUAUCAACUUGGACCAUAAUCCAUAUAAAUGCAGCGCUCCUGGCUGUACGAAGUCUUUCCGCAAAGCAAAACUCCUGCACUAUCAUAUGAAGUACUACCAUGGAGAUGAUCGUCUGAUUGAACUGGACCAGACCAGGGCAAUGGACAAACACACCACACUUAAUAAUCAGGGUAGCCCUAAGAAGAGGUGCAUUACAUCGAUGACUGUGAAGAGACGCUCUCUAGUGCCCCCUGUUGUCAGUACACAGAAUUACCAACGGUGGACUUCACUGAAGAACAAGACCAGAGACAAUCAGCUAGACAGCAACAUGCAUAGAUACUUCAACAAGGAAAGAGACAAGAGGUUUAUGCAAAUGGAAGGUGUGAAGGAACGUGACAAGCUAAAAGAAAAACAGACUAGAGACUUCCUGCGAAUAAAGUUGAAGGAAAAGAAAAAGAUGAGAAAAACCACAUCAGAUGAGGAUAGCAUUUCUGACUGGCCCUCUGACAGCUGUGGAUGGAGUGAAGAUGAAAUGGGGGCAGAUUUGGACAUCAUUGCCUCACCUCUCAGCUGUAGCUCUCUUGCCUCGACUACAGGAAGUCAGGAAACUGUCCGCUGUGUGUGUGAAGUGGAAGAGGAAAAUGACUUCAUGUUACAGUGUGAAGAGUGUCUGUACUGGCAGCAUGGAACCUGUAUGGGCCUCCUGGAAGAGAAUGUUCCAGAACGAUACGUUUGCUUCAUUUGCCGGGAUCCUCCAGGGCAGAUCAGAGGUCAGAGACAGAGCCUGCGGUACUGGUAUGACAGGGACUGGCUUAGCACCGGCCAUAUGUAUGGCCUCUCUUUCCUGGAGAACUACUCCCAUAAGAACGGCAAGAAGAUUGCAGCCACUCAUCAGCUGUUAGGGGACGUUCAGCAUGUGGUGGAAGUCCUCAAUGGCCUGCAGCUCAAAAUCAGCGUGCUACACAGCCAAAGUCACCCAGACCUCAAGUUGUGGCGGCAGCCAUGGAAAUUGACUGAGAAAUCCAGGAUGAAAAGCAUGGCUCUUCCAGACACAAAAACAGUUUCUGCAUCAGCAUCCUUAGAAGCCAUUCAACGUAAAGAACCCUUGACUUCAUCCUUCCAGGACUACAUUAGCAGUGAGCAUUGCUACCAAAAGCCACAAACACUGUACCAGGUAUUGGAGCCGAGGCUGGUGCUGAAGACACGGGUGGAGUCGGUGCUGGAAGACAGAUUGCACAACACUGAGACAGUGCUGAAGAAUGAACAACACUAUAAUGGAGAGAUCCAACCAGCACUACUGAAGACAUCUAGUACUCCGCUCUUGAACCACAGCAAGGACUCAGGAGAGAAGUGUGAGGCGGGUUCUGAUGGAGGCGGGGUUAAGGGCGGAGCUCAGCAGCAGCAGUGGAGGAUCAACCUGCUGGAGCAUAUCGAGACUGUACAAGAAGAGGUUACUCACAGGAUGGACUUCAUCGAAAGGGAGCUUGAUGUGCUUGAAAACUGGCUGGACUGCACGGGUGAGCUGGAGCCUCCAGAGCCGCUGGACCGUCUGCCUGAACUCAAGCACAGCAUCAAACAGCUGCUGAAUGAAAUGGGAAAGGUGCAGCAGAUCGCUCUGACUUGUGCCACAUGAGGGCGCCAGGGCAUAUUUUACUACCAUCACAGGACUACCUCAGCUUGAUACAUUCCUAAACCAGGCCACGAACCAAAGAGCAUAAAGAAUAAACUGAGAACAUGUGAAACUGAA